UGUAAAAACAAGGAACUGGAGAGGCGAUGUCAGGCUACGCUCAAAUCUCUUCUCAUUUUCAUUUCAUUACAAAAUACCCGUAGAUAAAUAUAAAUAUCAGUUAUGGCAGCUUACAAAGCUUCUAAGUACAUUUUGUACAUAUGCUGCUACCUUUUCUGGGUGGCCAGUUGCGUUAUGAUUGGUGUGGGCAUCUAUGCUAAAGUAGCCAAGGAAAACGAUGUAGUGGAUAAUUUGGCAACAGAUCCUGCUCUCCUGUUGAUCUCUGUAGGAUCCCUUACAUUCAUUAUAACAUUCCUUGGGUGUUUCGGAGCACUGAGACAAAGUGUCAUACUGCUAAAAAUGUUUAUAGGAAUUUUAACGGUCAUCUUGUUCCUGCAAAUCAUUGCUGCAAUUCUGGGCUUUCUCUUCUCAGACAUGGUUCUCUGGAGGACAGAACUGCUCAUGAAGAAAGCCAUUGCAUUAUACCGAGAGGACAUGGAUUUAGAAAAUGCAAUUGACUUUGUGCAGAAAAAGUUCCUGUGUUGUGGAGUGAGUUAUUACUCAGACUGGUCUCAGAAUGCAUAUUUCAACUGCUCAGUGAAUAACCCCAGUCUAGAAGCCUGUGGUGUUCCUUUUUCCUGCUGUGUACGGCAGCAGAAUGAGACUGUGUUCAAUUCCAUGUGUGGCUACAAAACUCAGGGGACGGAGGAAUCCUUCAUCAAGAAACGCAUUUAUAUCAACGGCUGCCUGAAGAAAAUAGUGCAGUGGGGGAAACAGAACCUGCUUUUGGUUGGAGGGAUCAGCAUCGGCUUGCUCUGCCUCGAGAUAUGUAUGAUCUCAUUGGCAGCUGUUCAGCUCCGACAAAUCCAGGAAAUGGCGAAGGAAGAAAAUUCUGAAUCAAAGAAGACGUGAUUUCAACUUAUUCUGUGGUAUUACCAUAUCAUUGUGUAUAUAUACACAGUUCGGCUGGACUAGCACACACACGCAAGCAUGCAACGUAUAUAAGAACUACUAAUGUGAACUUUCUUCAAGUGGAAGAUGCUUUUUAAAAAUUAAGGCUGUGAUUAAACUUUGGAUUUUAUUUGUCCUUGUAAAUGAACCCUUGACUGUAGAAGUUUUACUAUGAAACACAUUUUUA